AUGCCUGGACUCGUUCUCACCGAAGAACAGAUUGCUCACUUUGAUCGAGAAGGAUAUCUCGUCCUUCGAGUUCAUGAGCAUGGCCUGAUCGAUCCGGCCACAAUCAAGCAAUGGGUAUGAUCGAUACAGCCGGCUAGCAUUAUCAUCGGACAAAAGCUAAGAUUUGCAACGGACUGCUGAAGUGCGCGACCUGCCCCGAGAGAAUGGAAAGUGGAUGCCCUACGAUGAAAUCACCGAAUCAGGCGAGCGCCAACUCAUGCGUACCGAGAACUUCGUUGACUUCCAUGAGGGCUUCUCCUCCCUGCUCCACGGGCCAUGUCUCAAUAACAUUCUCAAGCAGGUCACUCGGGACGACAUGCUGCUCUUCAAGGACAAGAUCAACUACAAGCUCCCGGGCGGCAAUGGAUUCCGCGCACAUCUGGAUGCUCCGGCGUAUGACCAUAUUGGCGAGAUAGAGCACACGACCGCCAAUCUUGCCGUCGAUGCCGCAACCAUGGCCAAUGGAUGUGUCGAGGUUGUCCCAGGCUCGCACCGAAUGCAGGUCGAUGUGGCCGAGCGAGGACGAAUCAGUGAUGACUGGGUCGCUGCUCACACUUGGAUACCGGUCGAACUGGACUCUGGAGAUUUGCUCGUGUUUGGCUCUCAUCUCGCACAUAAGUCUGCUCCGAACAGGACUGAAACGCCGCGGGCGAGUGUGUAUGCUACUUUCCACACCAAGACUGACGGAGAGGACUUGAGGGCCAGGUAUUACGCCGACCGGAGGAAGAACUUCCCACCAGACCACGAAAGGAUACCCGGAAAGGACUAUAGAGCCGGAGUGAAGCGAUACGCGUUUGCGGCGCCGUUCACCAAGGUGGAAGGGGCGACGGCUGUUGGGCACCUGCCGGUGGCGUAA